AGAUAGCUAGUAUUAUUAUUAUUAUUAUUCUUUCUUAUUUUCCUCAUAGUCUUCAGUGAUUUCGCCGAGUGGAACCGUUUUAGAAAGAGAAAGUGUUGAAAAACUCUGUGAAUAUUAUCCGCUUUAUCAUCUUCGUCUUCUUCUUCUUUCUUUCUUUCUCUCUAGCUUUUGUCUUUUGCUUCUUUAGCAUUCAAUUCUUCAUUUUCUUAUCUUCUCAUCAAAAACCUUAGCCUUUUUCUUAAAUAACACCACCGACUGGACUAUCCUUUCCUCUCUUUGGUUUUAUCUGAAUAUGGUGGUCUGGAACAACUCUAUAAGUAGCUAUGUAGUACAAGCAAAUAAUAAAAGAAUAGUUAUCAUCUUCUGCUUUAUAAAUUUGAGAAAUGGGAUUUGAGAGAGCUUUUGUUGAGAGUUCACCUGAGCAAGAAAAUAAGCUUUUUGUUGGUGUUGGUGUUUCUUAUAUGGAUUCUUCUAACAAAAACCACGACCUGUUAGAGAGUAAUAAUCAAAUUUCUUUUGGAGGUCAGCAUCAACAUCAUCAACAACAGUUUUUUUAUAAUCAUCAUCAACAACAGCAACAGCAGCUGCAAAAUAAUGCUAAUCAGAUAUCUUUUGGAAUGAUGCAACAGUCAUCUUCUUCAUCUUCCGCUAUUCCUGGAAGUCUCAUAAGCAAAGACAGUGCUGGAGCUUAUGAUUUAGGUGAACUAGAUCAAGCACUUUUUCAAUAUCUUGAUGGCCAAGACCCUUCAUCAAUCCAAGAACAAAGACAAAAUCCAGGUAUGAGACCACCAACUCUGAACAUAUUUCCAUCUCAACCCAUGCAUGUCGAGCCAUCAACAACAAAUAAGAUGAAUACUGGAUUAGUUUCUCCAGCAAUAAGUGGCUCCAAGAGAUCAUCUCAGCCGUCCAUGGAGUUGUCCAAUAAUCUCAAAAAUAAUGAUGCUCCUUCUGCUUCUGGUCCUGAACCACCCAAAGCUGCCAAGCGAGAGGGAAACAGGAAGGGUCCGACUUCAAGUUCAGAGCAAGAUGGACCAAAAACACCAGAUCCGAAGACAUUAAGGAGACUUGCUCAGAAUAGAGAGGCAGCAAGGAAAAGUAGGCUUAGGAAAAAGGCUUAUGUUCAACAGCUAGAGUCAAGUAGAAUCCGGCUUACUCAAUUAGAGCAAGAACUACAAAGGGCUAGAGGACAAGGAUACUAUUUUGGAGGAAACGCUCUUUUAGGAGGAGAACAAAACCUUCCUGUUAAUAUGGCCAACAUGAGCUCAGAUGCUGCAGUUUUCGACAUGGAGUAUGCGCGAUGGCUAGAGGAACACCAUCGACUAAUGGGCGAGCUUCGAAACGCAGUGCAAGAACAUUUUCCAGAAAACGAGCUUCGAAUCUAUGUCGACAAUUGUGUAACACAUUACGACGAGAUAAUGAACAUCAAGAUCAUGCUUACAAAAUCUGAUGUCUUUCAUCUUGUUUCUGGUAUGUGGAAGACUCCAGCUGAACGUUGCUUCAUGUGGAUGGGAGGGUUUCGGCCAUCUGAGCUCCUCAAAAUUAUCCUGAGUCAGAUUGAGCCAUUAACAGAACAACAACUUAUGGGGAUUUGUGGGUUACAACAAUCAACACAAGAAGCAGAGGAUGCACUCUCUCAAGGACUUGAAGCUCUUAAUCACUCUCUCUCAGACACCAUUGCCUCUGAUGCAUUGUCUUGCCCUCAAAACAUGGCCAACUAUAUGGGCCAAAUGGCUCUUGCUAUGAACAAACUCUCUACUCUUGAAGGUUUCGUUCGACAGGCAGAUAAUUUGAGGCACCAAACAAUUCAUCGGCUGCAUCAAUUGCUCACAACUCGUCAAGCCGCUAGGUGUUUUCUGGCAAUCGCUGAAUAUUUUCAUCGGCUUCGAGCUCUCAGCUCUCUCUGGCUUGCGCGCCCUCGACAAGAAUAAGAUGGAAAAAAAAGUAGUACUUAAUUUUAGUUAGCUAUCUAAGCUUAUAUAAUCUUUCUUUAUCUAUUUCCCUUCAAUAUUUAUGUUUUUUAUUUUAUUUUCUCCUUCCCUACUCUCUCCAGUUAACCUUUAAUUACUUUUCAUAGAGAUGUAUAGAUAGACAAAAGAAAUAACUAGAGUAAAAUGAUAAAAGUAGAAGCUGAACUCCACUACUUUCUUUGAUCUUGUUAUCUUCUUGGAUUGAGAAAUCUUGGUUAAUCUUCAA